UGACUAAUACAAGAAGGUCAACCACAGCCGCCUACUCCACCAUACAGUAAUACACUCAACCAAACUGACUCAUUAAUCUAACAGUGACUCAGCAACCUCAACCUAACUGACUCACCAUCUAACAGUGACUACCCAUGUAGUGUGAGUUGAGAGAAUAUCUAGUAUUGACUGACUCAUCUGAGAGACCACCUGGUAUUGACUGACUCACCUUAGAGACCACCUGGAUCACUAACUGGCUCACCUAAAUACGUAACAUUUAUCGACAAGUUGAAAAUAAGGAAACAGGUUCACAGCAGCAGAAAAAAAUAAAUCAGUUUUAAACCAAUUCAACACCGAUUCGAAUCAUGUAUUAAUGCUGUUCACUAAACCAAAAUGAAUGAAACCAAAUUUUCAAGUUUAACGCUGCUGUAAGUUACAUCUUGGCGCGAUAAAGAACAACAGAGCCAUGAGAGACGGAACGAUUAUCCCUCAAACAUCCAGUUCUCAGAGGCCAAUGGAUUCAUGAGAAGUGAAGCAGUGUUGUUUCAAGAUGGCUCGUUGUCCAGCAGCUCUGUCGGUGAAUCUCGCCUUUCUGACCAUCGCGUCGCUUGGAGGAAGCAGCGAGGACGUGGGACUCCUGCCGAAGUUCACAGAUAACGUCCCCAACAUCACAGUGACAGUAGGACGGGACGCCCUUCUACCUUGCAACGUUGAGCAAUUGAGAGAUUAUAGGGUGGCGUGGGUGCAGGUAGACACACAAACUAUCCUUACCAUCCACAAGCAAGUCAUCACCAGGAAUUCAAGGAUCGCGCUGCUACACAACGACCACCGCACUUGGCAUCUCCAAAUCAAGAACGUGAGGGAGAUCGACCGUGGGUGGUACAUGUGUCAGGUGAACACUGAUCCUAUGAGGUACCGCCAAGGAUACGUUGAUGUUGUAGUACCUCCGGAUAUUAUUGACCGGGAAUCGUCUGGUGACCUGACCGUGCGUGAAGGUCAUGAUGUGAACCUUACCUGCCGAGCCAAAGGUCACCCUACACCAAGUAUCGUCUGGCGUCGAGAGGACAAUCAAGAUAUUAUACUUGACCCAGGACACCCAGGAGGGAGCGGCAGUGGCCCUUCAGAAACCCAUGGCAGACGAAGAGGAGGAGGAGGAGGAGGAGGAGGAGGAGGAUGGACGAGGCAUGGGUGGUGGGUCAGCGAGGGAGCUUCCAACGGCAUCCCGCCAUCCAUCAGCAAGAGGGCCCACCUUAGUGUCCAGUUCCCGCCGAUGACCUGGGUGCCACAGCAGCUGGAGGGUGCCUACGUGGGCCAGGACCUGACCAUUGAGUGCCACACAGCUUUACCCAAGAGUAUCAACUAUUGGACCAACGCUAACGGUGACAUGAUAGUGCCAGAGUCCCAGCCGCCCAGGACUACGGUGGAGGUUGAAUCGGGGGUGGAGGAGAAGAACACUCGGGGGCAUCAGGUGGUCUCCGGCUCAACAGAUCGCAAGAAGUACCAGAAUUUCCUUCACCCUAAAGGCAUUAAUGAUAUCUCAGACCAACACCACCUCGGCAAGUCCUACGAGCAAAGGUAA